CCCUACAAGUGCAACAAGUGUGGGAAGGGCUUCGUGCAGAGCGAGGACCUCAUCACCCACCAAAGCUACCACACGGGCAAGAAGCCCUACCAGUGCUCCCAGUGCGGGAAGUUCUACAGCAACAAGUACAGCUUCAUGCGGCACCAAUGCUACCAAAAGGUUGAGAAGCACUACCAGUGCUCCCAGUGCGGGAAGGUCUACAGCAACAGGGCCAGCUUCAUGUGGCACCUGCGCCACCACACAGGGGAGAAGCUCUACAAGUGCUCCCAGUGCGGGAAGAGCUUCUGCAUCCGCUCCGACGUCAUCAUCCACCAACGGAUUCACACGGGGGAGAGGCCCUACAAGUGCGAGGAGUGCGGGAAGAGGUUCAGAUGCAGCUCCAACGUCGUUGUCCACCAACGGAUUCACACGGGGGAGAAACCCUACAAGUGCCAGGAGUGCGGGAAGAGGUUCAGCCGCAGCCUUUCCCGGCGCCAGAGGAUCCACACAGGUGAGAAGCCCUACAAGUGCGAGGAGUGCGGGAAGAGCUUCAGCGACAGGUCCACCUUCGUUCGGCACCGGCGGCUGCACACCGGGGAGAAGCCCUACAAGUGUGACGAGUGCGGGAAGAGCUUCAGGCAGAGCUCGACCCUCAUCAUUCACAAACGGAUUCACACCAAGGAGAAGCCCUACAAGUGCCACGAGUGUGGGAAGAGCUUCAGACAGAGCUCGACCCUCAUCGCCCACCAACGGAUUCACACCGGGGAGAAGCCCUACCCCUGCGCCCAGUGCGGGGAGAGCUUCA